AUGACGAAGGGUUGCAGGAAGCAUGAAGUAGGCAGCAAUCUUGACGGAACCGGCUAUCUCGACUACAUGUUCGGGUAUUGCACGAGCCCUAUUGGUAUGGGCACUGUGAUGCUCCGACAUCUUCGCGAAGUACCCUUCUUCAAAGAACGCGCCAAUCAUGAAACGGAGCUUUCGAACGCUUUUUGUACCCCUGAUGAGUACAAAAACUCGUUGAACACGGCUUUCGACACGAAUCGUUCCUGGUUUGGAUUAAAGGCAGAAGGUCCUCGUCUCAAGCAGCUGCAAGUGCACCAGCCUAAGAUCGGGAGUCACCUGCCACCGAAAUUGGCACACCAGCGACUGUACAACGAACUCCGAGGUCACGCUGAACACUCUCCGGUCGAGCAGCGCGAUCUGGAUGAUUUCAAAC